AAUACGGGACGUGUACUUUUGUUUCUAAAUACGGGACGAUUCCGUUUUUUAAGGGACGGUUGGCAACCCUAUCCCUGAGUGAACACGGUGUACAGAUGGCUACAGACAGCAGCCUCAGAGCACCCAUCUAAUAUGGAGACUACAAAGGCAGACAGCAGGCGCAAUCCUUUGGCCACUGCCAGCUUUUUUUCAAGGGUCUUUUUGUGUUGGUUAAACCCCCUGUUACAGCUUGGCCAAAAACACAGGCUCGAGAAAGGUGACAUGUACAGUGUCCUUCCGGAGGAUCUGUCUGAAACCCUGGGAGAGGAGCUGCAGAGAUGUUGGAACGAGGAAGUAAAAAAGGCUUCAAAGGAACUAUGGAAGCCGCAGCUCUCCAGGGUUCUUAUAAAGUGCUAUGGAAAGUCCUAUGCAUUAGCCGGCCUAUUUGAAUUUUUUCUGGAGGCAAUCAAAGUGAUCCAGCCACUUCUUCUGGGAAAAAUAAUCCUUUUCUUUGAGAAUUAUCACCCAGAUGAUCAGAGGAGUCUUUGCAUGGCGUAUGUUUACGCUGCUGCGAUGUCCAUCUCCACGUUUGGACUGACUAUCCUCCAACAUCUCUACUACUAUCAUGUCCAAAGAACAGGCAUGAGGAUUAGAGUGGCUAUGUGUCACAUGAUCUACAGGAAGGCUCUUGGUCUCAGCACUGAAUCCAUCGGACGAACAACCACCGGUCAAAUAGUGAACCUACUUUCAAAUGAUGUUAAUCAUUUUGAUGAGAUUACACUCAGACUGCACUACUUGUGGGCGGGACCUCUGCAAGCAAUGGUGAUCAUCGUUUUCCUUUGGUAUGAGAUCGGCCCCUCGUGCCUGGCAGGUGUGGCAACAAUUGCAGUUAUGAUGCCGAUACAGACCUGGUUUGGAAAACUCUUCGGCAUCUUCAGGAGCAAAACAGCAGUCCUUACUGACAGCAGAAUCCGUAUCAUGAAUGAAGUGGUGUCUGGCAUAAGGAUAAUCAAGAUGUAUGUCUGGGAGAAAUGGUUCUCAGCCCUGGUGACUGAAGUUAGAAAGAAAGAAAUCAGUCGGAUAUUAAAGAGCUCCUACCUACGAGGACUCAACAUGGCUUCCUUCUUUGCCAGCAGCAAGCUCAUAAUCUUUGUUACCUUCACGGUCUACACUCUUUUGGGGAACACCAUGACUGCCAGCCAGGUGUUUGUCACCAUGUCCCUGUAUGGUACAAUUAAGGUCACCCUGACCCUGUUCUUUCCUCUGGCCAUUGAGAAGUUGUCAGAGACUGUAGUGAGCAUUCGCAGGAUUAAGAAUUUUCUCCUACUGGAAGAGAUUGAGAGAAAAAACAUUAUGUUGCCUUUGGCGGAAAAGGGGGGAAACUCUAUUGAGAUCGAGAAACUGACCUGCUACUGGGAUAAGAGUUUGGAUGCACCAUCUCUUCAGAAUGUUUCCAUCACAGCAAAGUCACAUCAACUUCUGACUGUAAUCGGACCAGUGGGGGCCGGAAAGUCAUCCCUGCUAAGUGCAAUCCUGGGAGAGCUUCCUCGUGAUACAGGCACACUGAAGGUCAAAGGUCAGCUAACCUACGUCCAGCAACCGUGGGUGUUCCCUGGAACCAUUCGCAGCAACAUCCUUUUUGGGAGAGAACUUAACCCAAAGAAAUAUGAGCAGGUCCUUAGAGCCUGUGCUCUGAAGAAGGACCUGGAGAUGUUCCCAGAUGGAGACUAA